ACAAAGCGGCUCAAGCGCGUCUGUCAUUUGAGGCUGCGCACGGAAGAGAGAAGGAGGUGCCUCAAUGUUGCGGUGUUUGGAGUGAACGGGCGCCACCUAGAGUGCUUGUCCAACAUGAAAGACAGCAGCGUCCUUAAGCCCCUCCUGGAUGAAGGAGACCACAUGGUCGUCUCCCCUGAACAAACCACUUCAGACCAUGAGAGAUUAUUGGAAAGCUUAGUGCCUUUACGCAACAUGCUUGACAAGGACACAAAAUUUGCCCUUUUCUGUUUUUGCCAAUCGUCUCCAGAGUGCGAGACCGCCCGGUCCAGGGUGCUCAGAAUCUUGACUUUGCUUCUCAUCUACGGCCUUCUCUUCGGAUUGAUCGUUUUUGCACUGGGCCAGUCCUAUGUCACAUCCAAAGUUCAUACUUAUCCCAUUCAGCCAAUCCCAAGAGAGUUUGAGAGGAUUAAAGGGGUGAUGAACAUAACUAUAGCCGUCUCAGGUGUCCCGAAGAAUCUGACUCUAGCAGCCCUGCUGGAGGCCAAGGGGCAAGAACCACAUGGGGGAGCCAUGAAGAUCUGCUUGGAUAAAGCUGCCCAGGAGUUCUCUAAGGAGCCGGCCAUCGUAAAGAAGAAUGCCUUGAUGGCCAUUCUGUGCAAUGGGACAAAGCAGGUCUUUCGCUCUGGGAAGGGGCAAAACAAAAUUGGAGUUGUCUUGGCCAACGGGAAGGUGUAUUACGUAUUCAUACACGGGGCCAGUGCAGAAGUCCACCUGGCAAGGCUUGGGCACCAGACAUUCCCACUCAAUCGGACCAGCAUCCUAGAUGUCCUCGAGGAUCUAAAGUCCCAGAAUGGCUCCGAGGAGAUGCAGAGAUGCCUCAACAAGACCUUAAGCGAGUUGCCCCGGGAGCCCACAACAGUGCCGGCCAAUGCCAAAAUGGUGGUGUCGUGUGGAGGGCAAAACUUGACCUUCCUCUCUGGGACCGGGAAGAAUGAGAUCCAUGUGUAUAGAGAAGAAACGGGUGGGGAGAUCCAGUUCCGGGUGAAAACUUCAGGGUGGGAUUGGUGGGCCAGGGUUUUCACAAGGGGAAGAGUGGUGUGACAUGACCGGAGAGGACCAUGCAGAAAGCAGUUUUGUGGCUCUGCUGAGAAACCGAGCAAUUACUUAUAUAGUAUUUGAAUCUUCAGUACUCCUGGGAUCACAUUGCCACAGUAUUUUAUCCAGUCUCUGUUAGUCACAUAGAUUGCAAUAAACGAUUGCUUCAAUGCAA